GACCAACGACUCUUAACACAUUUGAUAAGUGUUGUGAGUUGUGAGAGUGUGUCGUGAUUAGAUCCAUUUUUAUUGUCGACUUAUUCAGAUGGCACCUCAAGUUAAAUACACUAAGCUGUUCAUCGACAAUAAGUGGGUGGACGCGAAGUCGGGGAAGACCUUCCCCACCAUCAACCCCCAUGACGGCUCCGUCAACGCUAAAGUCGCCGAGGGUGAUAAGGCAGAUAUCGAUGCUGCUGUCAGCGCCGCUAAGAAAGCCUUCCAUCGCAAUUCCCCAUGGAGACUCAUGAACGCUUCGGAAAGAGCCAAACUGAUAAACAAGUUCGUUGACCUCAUCGAAAGAGACUUCGACUAUCUGUCGGAGUUGGAGACCCUCGACAAUGGGACACUGUGCAGGACGCGUCAGAUGUUCAUUAGCAUGGCCAUCAGUAGCGCGAGAUACAUUGCAAGUUUAGCGGAUAAGGUCGAGGGAGCUACAACUAGUGCAGAUGGUGAAGUUUUCUCUUACACCUUGAAACAGCCAGUGGGCGUUUGUGGAUUAAUUCUACCCUGGAAUGGACCUAUAUUCAUUUUCUUAGCAAAAGUUGUGACGGCAUUAGCAGCAGGAUGCACGGUUGUAGUGAAACCGGCCGAGCAGACUCCACUCACCGCGUUGGUUCUUGCCGCCCUCUCUUUGGAGGCGAGUUUCCCUCCCGGAGUGCUGAAUGUUGUCAACGGUUUCGGUCCCACUGCUGGAGCAGCCCUGGCCUCACACCCAGAUGUUGCCAAGAUCUCUUUCACGGGAUCUGUUGAGGUAGGAAAGCUGAUACAACAAGCAUCAGGUGCUUCAAACCUGAAGAGAGUCACUCUCGAACUCGGUGGAAAGAGCCCACUGAUUAUUAUGGACGACGCUAACUUGGACAUAGCUGUUCCGUAUGCUGCCCAUGGUAUCUUCGCGAACCAAGGACAGGUUUGCGUUGCUGCGUCCCGCUUGUACGUGCACGCAAAAAUAUACGAUAAGUUUGUGGAGAAAGCUGUUGAGAUGGCUAAAACACUGAAAAUUGGAAACCCAAUGGAUCCAGAGUCCCAUCAUGGCCCUCAGGUCGACGAGGACAUGUUCAAGAAAGUUCUAGGCUACAUUGAGAAGGGUAAGAAGGAGGGCGCACGUCUUCUCACUGGAGGCAAAAGAGUCGGCAACACUGGGUACUACAUCGAGCCAACUGUCUUCGCUGACGUCACAGACAACAUGACCAUUGCAAAAGAAGAGAUAUUCGGUCCAGUCCAAAGCAUACUGAAGUUCGAUUCAGUGGACGACGUGUUGGAACGCGCCAACAACACCACGUACGGCCUGGCCGCGGGCAUCUUCACAACCAGCCUGGACACCGCUCUCCAGUUCUCCAAACAUCUCGAGGCUGGUGUUGUUUGGGUUAACACAUACCUCCACAUGAGUCCGCAAGCGCCAUUCGGAGGUUUCAAGCAGUCUGGCCUGGGCAGAGAGAUGGGACCGAAGGCUUUGGAAGCGUACUUAGAAGAGAAGUCUGUCUAUAUCAACUUGCCCAAGAAGUUUGGAAAUUAAAUCUAUGCUUGUGAUACUUGUAAUAAAUGUUAAACAAUAAAUGUAUUUAUUUUUAUUU